AUGCACCGGGCAGACGCCGAACGUGCAGAGGCGCAGCGGAAGCCGAGUGAGCAGGUGUUCUUUGAGGAGGGCAAACCAGAGGAGGUCCAGCAGGCCUUGGGUCUCCAGCUGGCGCCGGGGACUUUGAAGAUCUCCUGGGGCCGGCAGCUGGUGGUGCCCGGCCAAGGCGAUGGCUGUGCGCGCUUCCAUUUUGAUGACCUGUGCAGAAGGCCACUCGCCGCGGAAGACUUUCUGAUCCUUGCCACGACCUUCCACACCGUGUUCCUCCACGAUGUGCCCCGACUCUCACUGGAGGAGCACAACGAGGCGCGGCGCUUCACCAACCUGGUGGAUGCCUUGUACGAGCACUCGGUGCGGCUGAUCUGCCACAGCCGGGGCCGCAUCGACGAGGUGCUGCGGAGUAUCGAAGUGCUGCAAGGCGCCAACCAGGAUGCGGAGGACUUCGACGCAGACCGCCUGGGCGUCUUUGAAACGAUGUAUGACGACAGCCCCAACUUUCAGAUCCAGAUCAAAGAGCUGGGCAGCCGUGAAAAGUGGAGUGAGCUCCAGGAACGGCGCCGGGCAGAGGAGCAGCGCGCGGAGGCGCAGCGUCUGCAGCGCCUCAGCAACGCGCAGGCGGCCGAGGGCGACACGGGCAGCGGCUGGAGCGCCGCGCCGGCCAGCGCGGACCUCAGCGCGCCGGACCAGGGUGUGGCGGGGGUCAUGGUGGCGGCCGUGGGAUCCCUGCAGGAGAGCGGCUUCGCGGCCCGCCGGGCAGCCAGUCGUCUCAAAGAGAUGCAGACGACACCUUACCUGCAGGCAGCGCAGAGGAGGAGAGAGUCCAUGAGCGCAGCUUGA